AUGGCUACUAUCCGUAGUAGUUCUUCAUUGUAUUUGAUAUUCGUCGAUUAUUUUUCUCAUUGUAUCCUGCGUCAGUUAUUUACAGCAGUAAUAAUGCCACCAAAAUCAGCAGCAAAAGAAAAAGAUCCUAAUGCACCGAAAAAACCACUAUCACCAUAUUUCUUAUUUCAAGCAGAUACCAGACCAAAAAUAAAAGCUGAAAAUCCAAGCAUGGCAUUUGGUGAUCUCGCUAAAGCAAUCGGUAGUGAGUGGAAAAGUGUGAAACCGGAGAUGAAAAAACAUUAUGAAAAACUUGCUGAAAAAGAAAAAGCACGUUAUGAAAAAGAGAUGAUUGCGUAUAAAAAUGGUACAUAUCAAGCAUCGGCUAGUAAUGGUUCCGCUUCGACAAAGAAAAAACCUGUUGCAAAUGGCAAAGCACCAGCGAAAAAAGGUGCUUCAGCCGCUAAUGGCGAAGAAGACAAUGAUUCGGAAUUAGACGAUGAAAGUGACGGAGAUGACGAAGAAGAAUAA